AUGUGUUGUUAUUUCACAGGUAAUGAAGAGAAGCAGAGCUCAGAGCCUCUCCGAAUUGUCUUGCUAGGUAAGACUGGCAAUGGAAAGAGCUCUUCUGGAAACACCAUUCUAGGACAAAGAGAGUUCAAAGCUGAGAAUAACCCCAGAUCUGUCACCAAACAGUGUCAGAAAGCAUACGGUGAAGUGGACGGUCGUCCUGUUGUUGUGGUCGACACUCCUGGACUGUUUGAUAACAGUUUGUCACAUGAAGAGAUCAAUGAGGAGAUGCUGAAAUGUGUCAGCCUUCUGGCUCCAGGACCACACGUCUUCCUGCUGGUUUUAAAGACUGAGAGAAUCACACCAGAAGAGAAGGAAGCAUUAAAACUUAUCAAGGAAGGCUUUGGGAAGAAUUCAGAAAAAUUCACCAUCAUUCUUUUCACUAGAGGAGAUUCACUGAAACAUGAGAAGCAGUCCAUUCAUGAUUACAUUGCAAAAUCUGAUGAUUCCUUUAAGAAGCUGAUUGAUGAUUGUGGGCAGAGAUACCAUGUGUUUAAUAACUUAGAUGAACAAAACCGCAAACAAGUCACUGAGCUGAUAACAAAGAUCGAUGACAUGGUCAAAAGAAAUGGUGGAAGUUGCUUCACCAAUAAUAUGCUGCAAGAAGCUGAAGCUGCGAUCAAGAAAAAAACAGAAACGAUUCUGAAAGAGAAGGAGGAAGAAAUAAACAGAGAGAUGGAAGACCUUAAAAGAAAACAUGAGGAGGAAAUGCAAGAAAUGAAGAAAAAAAUGGAAGAACAGAAAACAGAAAUUGAACAAGAAAGAAAACAAAGAGACGAAGAGCUUAAAAAUGUGAAGAAACAGCUUACCUCAAGAAAGACAGAACAAGAAUCAAGAGAUGAAGAAGACAGAAAGAAGAAAGAAGAGGAAGAAUCACAGCGUAGGAAUUGGGAACAAAGGUUUUUAGACUUAGAAGAAAAAAUAAAAUCUGAGUCUGAAUCCAAAGAAAUCACUGACAGAAAGUUGAAACAAACUAGAAAAGAGAUGAGAAAGAAACAGCAUGCUUGGGAAAUGGAGAGACAAGAGUGGUGGAACAAACAGUACAAAGAAGACAGGCAGAGAAGAGAGAAGGAACAAGCAAUGCUCCUACAGGUCCAAGAAGAAUAUGAGGAGAAGAACGAAAUAUACAUAAAGAAAACAAGAGAAGAAGAAAAAAUCAGAAGAGAGCAGGAACAAAGAGAGAGAGAAGAUCUAGAAGAAAAGUAUGAGAAACAAAUCAAAGAUAUGAAAGAGAAAUAUGAAGGAGAAGCCAGAAAACAAGCUGAAGACCUCAAUGAGUUCAAUGAGAAAUACACGAAGGACUUUGAAGCUUUGAUAGAAAAGUAUGAUGAGCAAAUCAGGGAAAUGAGGCAAGAAUACAGCAAAGUCCUGAAGGAGAACGAAAAGCAAAAAAGUGACUACACACUGUUACAUGACCUGUCCAGCCACAAAGAGCAACAUCUUAAGGACGAGCUGAAGAAACUGCAGGAACGGCAUGAAAAAGAAACGAGCAAAUUAAAAAAGAAAUACAAAAACAAGUGCAGUGCGUCAUGAUCACCGUAGGUCUGUUUACCAAGCUGUUACAACCCUGUCACACAUCAUUUACAAUAAUUAUUACGC